GGAAACGACACGAACAGAUUUAAAAUGACAUCAAUGAAGUUGGGUCUGGUGUUCCUGCUCUGCGCUGCAAGCGUGUCAGCUGAUGACAUCGAAAUGGAGCUGCAGAGUGGGAUGCUGAUUAAGAUGUUAAGGGAAAUGGUGAAUCAGACCAAGCCCGACACGUUGAAUUUGCCAGCAAACUCGACUACAAUACGGGAGAAUAUUACUGACACCUUCAGUUGCGAGAACCGCAUUUACGGUUACUAUGCUGACGUUGACAACGAGUGCCAGGUAUUUCACGUGUGCCUGCCCUCUCCGACUGUCUCUGGGCGCAACAUUACUUACAGGUGGAGUUUCAUAUGUCCUGCGGAGACUGUAUUCAACCAAGAAGUGUUAACUUGCACUCGACCACGGGACGCCAUUCCAUGCGAAGAAUCUCCAAUGUUUUAUGACGUUAAUAUGGAAUUUGGGAAAGUUGCUAAUGAGACAAAGGAGAACACAAAACCAGAAAGUUCUGGAAGUGCAUCAGCGAAUAAUCCGAAAAAGGAGACAGUAGCAGUUAAACCGCAAAGAUGGAAUCAAGCGAAUAGAAAGAGAGAAAACAUUGUUGUUCAAACUCAUUUCAAGGACGUAAUUGAAAACACGAAAUCAAUAAAGGAAGAUAUUAAAGAAUAUGAAAACAAAAUUAUCGGAGCAAUAAAAGAAGACAUAAAUAAUGAUAAUCAGAACAUGAUUCACGAGAUGAAUCAAGAUUUCAGUUAUAUUAAUCAAGGUAUACAUGAUCUGAAAGAAGAAAUAAAGGACGUUGAAAGAGAAAUAGUAAGUUUUACAGAUAAUAUUAAAGACAGUUAUAAAUUACAUGAGUUAAAUGAAAAUGUCAAAGAAUUCAACCAAAAUGAGGAAGGAGACAAUAGAUAUAGUCGUACUAAUGAGGAAUAUAUGAAUAAAAUGAAACAAAAUGGAAAUGAAAUGAAUGUAGAUCCACAAAUGAAUGAAAAUAAUGAAGGUGUAGAAUUACCUCGGAGUAUAUUGGAGAAAAUAGAGACUAUGAAUGCUGAACCUAUUGCGCCUGCUGUGAUUGAGGAAACUAUUUCCGAUGUACAGGAAGUUAGCGACGUGAAUAUAGCAGCGGAAGAGUUAGAUAAUUCUAGAAUGACCUCUGAAAGAAGUUUAAAAAGAAAAGGUCGAAAAAUUAACAGAGGCCUUGUUAGAAAAUCUAAAAUUAAUCUAGGAUUUGAGCUGUGCGAUGCGAUGGAUUUGAAUAUGACUUGUAAAUAG